CAAGAGAAGCAGGGUUUACUAGUAUAACUUCUUCCGCAAAUGAAGUAUUGGCUAAUGUAUUAGAAACGUAUUUUGAAAAUAUUAUUAAAACAUCACAAGCGUAUACGGAAUUAGCGCGUCGGUCACAAAUUAAUAUUAAUGAUGUUGAGAAAAGCUUUAAAGAAUGGAAUAUCAGAACCGGAGCCCUUGAAGGACACAGGGAUAAAUGUUUUAAAGAAGCGGAAACAAUACCAUCAGAGUCAUCUUCAAUGUCAUUAUUUGUUCCAGAGGAUAUAAAUGAGAAUGAUGAGUAUCGACCAAAAUAUGUUCCUUCACAUAUGCCACCAUUUCCUGCUAAACAUUCUUACAAGAAAACGCCCAUAUAUCCUAAACUAAUCAUUCGCAAUCCUAUAAAACUUCGAGAAAUGAAAUUAAAGGAAGUUAGAUUGGUAGAACAAAGUUUAUAUAAAUUAGUUCAACAUCAAGAAGAACAAAAAAAGAUACAGAGUGUUCCAGAAUCGCCUGAUACUACUUCUACCGUUGUAUCUGCGGUUUCUUCUCCCCAUAAUUAUGAUUUACUAUCAAGAUCCACUUCUAGAAAAUCUUCCACGACAAAUCUUCAACUUCCUAAAAAAAGGCCAUUAGAACCAACUUGUCAAGCGUUGUACCUAGAUCCAGCAAUUCGAGAUUGGGUAUUAAUACCAAUUAUGGUAGUUAUGGUAUUAGUGGGGAUCUUUAGAGAUCAAGUAACGUUAUUAAUAGGAAGUACAAGUGGUAAAAAGGCUGGAAUUAAAGCUAUAAGAGAAACAAAGGCGUUAACCCGAGGAGUCACGUUAAGGAAUUAUGGAAAUAAUAUACCAAGUUCAUCAUUUCUCAUAAGAAAGAAUUAUCUUUGUUCAUCAUAUAAAAAGGGGGAUUUCUUAAAAAAUCCCGCAUCGGCUAAUCAAGUAGUUAAUCCAAUGACGGAUCCCGCUGGUAUGGAAAUGAUGAUGGAAGGAAUGAAAAAAAAUUUCGCCAUGAUUAUACCUCAAACCGUUAUUAUGGGAUGGAUUAAUUUCUUUUUUUCUGGUUUUGUUUUAAUCAAAUUACCUUUUCCACUUACACUUCGAUUUAAAACAAUGUUGCAACGAGGUGUCGAAACUCCCGAUAUGGAUGUAACUUGGGUAUCAUCAUUAUCAUGGUAUUUCUUAAAUUUAUUUGGGUUGAGAAGCAUUUUCACUUUACUAUUAGGCGAAGAUAAUGCUGCUGAUGGUAUGCGUGAUAUGGCUGCCAUGUCUCAAAUGGGCGCUGCUUCUCCUGGUCAACCACAAGAUUUUAAUAAGCUCUUUUUGGCUGAAAGUGAAAAUCUUGAAUUAACACCCCAUAAUUGGGAAUUAGAUGAUAUUGAAGUGAGGUUAUUAGUUAAAUAUGGUAAAAGAGAAUUAGUUGAUAAUAAGGAUAUUAUUGAAAUGGAAGAUAUUUCUCCUAUUUCUUCUAAUGAUUUAUCAGAUGUUAAAGGAAAAAGUAAAAAGAAAAGGACGUGA